GAUCUUCGAGUAGAAGCAUACACUACAAGCGGCAAAAUCCACGCUCACGUGACCUGUCCCAUUUGUGACGACAGUAAGCAGUCUAAAAUUUCCCUCAACAUGGACACAACAGGCAGUUGGCAUAUUUUUGCUUUCAAACGGCACUGUAAAACAUUUCACAUCCAGACACCGCACUCAUCUAAACAGAAACGCCGUAGUGUCACACCAGUUGCUACUGACGAUGCUAACGAGAACGAUUGUCCAAUAAAACGACCUUCCCUGGAAUCCACUGGUAUCGGAACUGCAUGUGACUUUGAACUUACGACGUCUAGCAUGGAUCCACCUCAUCUGGAUACAGCUGGUACGGAAAUAGAUCCGCUGCACCUCGAUGAAGCAGAAACCGAAAUUGGACCUGCAGAAUACCUUGACGACACCGUAAGCUCAAGUACAGGUGAUUUACAGGCCGAAAAAAUUCACGAGUAUAAUGUGUCUGAUACCAAGGGCAAAUAUUUUGAUGAAACCGUGUAUGACUCCCAAGAUGAUUACCAUGGUGAUGCUAUAGAGGCACACGAGAACGAUAGCUGGGAUCGAAACACUAAGGAGCACGGAUACGCAAAAGAACACGAGAGCAAAGAUGUUAAGGAGAGCUCAAAGGACCACGAAAUCGUAGAAGAACAAGUGGAACAAAAACAUGAAGGCCAUUCAACCGCUACAAGAUACCCGGAAAAUUAUACUGGAAGCCAAUUCAUUGGACAUGUCACAAGAAAAAGUUCAAGCCCUCUUCUUGACUUACAUGUUCAGAUGGAUUCGAGAUCAAAAUUAUGUAAGCCAAAUGGAAUACGGUACACGGAACCUGAGCUAGAUGCAGCUGCAUACGAAUUGAUGGCUGGUGGCAAUAGCAACUAUCAAUUUAUAAAGGCAAAUAUGCAGCUGCCUAGCUCAAAAACAUUGAAGCGACAUAUCGCAAAGCAUACUACAGAGACUCAGGAAGGAAUCCUAAUGGUGACACCUCUACUGAAGUAUUUGAACGCGCACAAUUAUCCUCUAGUAGUUUCCUUAAGCGAAGAUGGAACAACGCUUUCGCCCAACCCAGAAUACGAUUCAAGAAAUGACUCAAUUCGUGGCCUGGUGGCUCCGUUGGACCAUUCCGGUAUGCCUGAACAGAAUACAUUUAACGCCAGCACGGUUGAAAAAAUGAUUAAUGACCUUGAGCGCUAUUCUGUGGGUGAAUACCUUUACAUCGUAAUGGCAACACCAAUGGCCGUUGGAGCAUCACCAUUCUGCAUUUUGUAUAUGUGCAGUGAUAACAGGUUCACACAUGACCAAGUCAUUUCACGUUGGAAUUAUAUAGAAUCCGAGCUACUAAAAGCUGGAAUAACUGUCAUUGCUAGCGCGUCCGAUGGUGAUCCGCGGCUUCUCAUGGCUAUGAGACAAAGAUCAACUCUUCAUGCACUUCACGUGGGAUCGGAAUCACAAUAUGGUCCCCACUUUGCUAUGAAUAACGAUUUCAAACUUGAUUUCAAAGCUAUUUCCAUCCAGGACAGUAUUCACUUAGUUAAUAAAUUUCGUCAUUCUUUGCUAGAUCCAAAAAAGCAAAUGCGCUUAGGAGACUACGUAAUUUCAUCAGCUGUUCUCAAACAAAUGAUGGAAAAUGGUCAAAAAAUGAUUCACAAAUUAAACCCUUCAGAUUUGAACGCGGCGGACCGAAUGAAAUUUGACCCAUCGCUAAAACUGAUGUCUUUGGAUCUUAUUGACCAUCUAAUCGAUGUGGUACCUGGCAGUAUUGGAACUGCUACUUAUAUACAAAUAAUGCGUCAUGCAUAUUUGGCUUUCAACGAUGAGCAUAUGUCUCCUAUUGAACGAAUAACUUCGAUAUGGACUGCUUUGUUAUUUGUAAGGGCAUGGCGCCAAAUUUGCAUAAGCAAUAGAAAAACACUGAAGGACUGCCCGACAUCAAACGUGUAUCACUGUUUGGAGUUAAACGCACAUGGCUUGGUAAAAUUCAUUGUCAGGUGCCGACAAGCCGACAGCCCGGAGCAAUUCAUAAUUACUCACUUAUCUAGUCAACCAUGUGAAACAACAUUUCGGGAGCUUCGUUCGAUGACGACUGUCAACCAUACGGCAGUCAAUUUUACAAUGAAAGAAGUUGAGCAAAGAAUGCAGAAGGUGCAAAUGAAGUUGCUGAUAGUGCAUCGGAGAAAAGCAGAUCUAAACUUUCCUUGUCUGCAAAAGCAGCAGCUAAAAUGCCAAAAAACAGCAAAUCAAGAUCUUCCUAACGACGAUCAAAUCCGUCUGGCCAUCGACACAGCUGCGAAAAACGCGGAACAUUUAUUAACCUGUCUAGGAGUUCAAAAUCUUGAAAUUGAUUUCAGGGAGAGUAUGACCAGAAAUUCCAAAACAGAAUCCGAAUUUGAAUUUGUCUCGAUUGAGAGCUCCGAGGUCGCCAACAACUCAAAUGAUUCAGCAUGCAAAGGUACUAAGACAAGCAGGGUAACUGUAAGUUCGGGUUAGCUUUAGAACUUGGUUCAUAAACAAGCCUAUACAUAUUCGAGCUGUUAGUAUACAGGGUCAAAUAUUUGUCUUAAAAAUCCAAUGCUCAAACAUCUUGUUUGACUCCAUCAAAUUUUCAUGAGUGUCAAACUGAUGUUGUUUCUUGAUUUUUUUUAAUAUUUGACUCUGUGUACUUCAGGCCUUAAAGCAUGAGAGAUCGUAUACGUCUUCGUAUAGAUCUAUAGAGUUGUCUACAUCUUUCUUAGGUGUCCAACUAACCAUCCUUUCCUUCCUUCGGCAGUCGCAAGGACGUGGCCAAGAC